AGUUUACAGUUUACAAGUUCAGUCAGUUUUUUACACGAAUCCCCAAACACCCCAAGCGGAAACUGAACUGAGAUGAAGAUAUUAGUUUGUUUAAUGGCCGCAGUUUGCAUCUGUGAUGCGACUUUUUUGAAGCUGUUUGGCGGCAGUAGUGCCGGAGCCAGUAGCGGUGGUAGCAGUUUCAAUGCAGUGGCCACACCUUCGGUAGGUGGUCAUGGAGGAUCAUCAUCGGCUCAUGGCCAUGGUGGCAGUUAUGGCGGUGGUCAUGGUGCCAGUUAUGGUGGUGGUCAUGGUUCCAGUUAUGGCGGUGGUCAUGCUUACAGUUACGGCGGUGGUCAUGGUUCCAGUUACAGCAGUUACGGCGCUUCACAUGGUUCCUCCUAUGCCCAUGACUAUGGUUAUUCACAUGGCUCGGGACAUGCUGCGGCUGGUGGUGCUGGUGGCGAUGCCAAGAUUUUCAAAGUCAUUAUUGAGCAUGGCGGUCAUGAUCAAGGCCAUGGUCAUGAUCACGGACAUGGUCAUGCAGCUGAGACCAUUGCAAUCGCCCACGAUCAUUCUUAUGGCGCUGGCGCUGCCGAUGCUGCUGUUAUAGGUCAGGCCUAUAGCUAUGGUGGCGCCCAAUUUGCUGACCAUGGUCACGGUCAUGGUGAUGGUGGCCAAGCUCAGAUCUUCAAAGUUAUUACUGAAGAUGGUGGACAUGGUUACUCCGGCGGUGGUGGUGGUGCUGCCUAUGAUCAAGGUCACUCAUAUGCCUCUGGCUAUUCUCAUGGCAGUGGCAGCAAUGCCGGUGCAUACAAUGCUCAAUUGAAGCAAAUUCUGCCACAAAUUCUACAAUUGGUUUUGCAAGACGAUCAUGGAUUUGGCGGUGGUUUUGGUGGCGGAGCAGGAGGUGGGGCUGGUGGUGUUGCUGAUAUCAAUGGCCAGCUAAUUGCUCAUUUUGGUGAAAAAGGCAGCGCUGUGGUUACACGCAGCAAGGGAGGACAAAACAGUUAUUUCAGCGGCGGACAUGUCGUACAAAAAGGCGAACUUAAAAUAACUCGCGUUGAACAGGGUCCCAGUCAAGGUUCCGGUUCCGGCAAAGCUGGUCUCCUACAGAGUCUUUUGGGCCAGGGUGGUGCCCAACAGUCAUCUCCCCAUGGUCCACCAUCACAUGGUCCCCCACCACAUGGUCCUCCAUCACAUGGUCCUCCACCACAUGGUCCCCCAUCCCAUGGACCCCCAUCCCAUGGUUGGUAAACCAUUUAGUCAAAGUCAUUUAGUGUCGCAUUACAACCAUUUUUAUGUGUAAGUCUAGGUCAUUUUUAAAUUAUAUCUUCAUUAUUAGGAAUAAAAGUAUUUUUUUAUUUAUUUAUAAUUUAAUUAAAUAAAUAAUAGAAAUGUAUUCAAAUUAAUUAAAA